AUGGUCAUCAUGAUAGUUGUGCUGCUGCUCUUAUAUGGAGUGGCCAGUUCCUGGGCCACUGACUACGAAUUAUUGCUCGAGGAUCCGGACAUAUUUUCGACGUGCUCCGAAGGUCCGCCCGGAUCCAUUAACAUUCGCCAGGCAAUGAAUUUCGACGAUCUUGUAGUCGACCAGGAAGCGGAUACACUUCAUUUGUCCGGAAACGUCACUGUCAUUUGGGAUGUGCAGCCCACCGAUCGGAUUACUGCAAAACUUGAUUUCUUUCACUACAACCGAGGUUCUUGGGAGCCCACUAUUUUUGGCAUGGCCACCCAGAACUUUUGCUCUAUCAUGUACGACAAGCACCAGUAUUGGUAUAAAUAUUGGACAAAGUUCAUUGCCAAUCGCCAUGAGGUGGAAAAGAAGUGCCUCAGAGGGCCUAGAACCGUUUUGGUACACGAGCCCUUCGAUCUUAUACUAAAACUAGAGAAUUUUAAUGGACCUCUUCUUCGAGGGCGGCUUAAAAUGGUCGUAUUGUUUAACGCCGUGGAUGAGCUGAAUAUACCGCGUCCAAACCCAAUUUGUUUGGAGAUCAGAGGAGAAGCUCUCAAGUUGAAGUAGUUAAUGGAAUGGACAAUUUAGUUGGAAAUUAUAAUUUUUUUUU